CGCUAAACCCUUUGCGAUGUACGGAUAGGAGAACGAUGGAUGACAAGAUUAGCUUUGAAACAAAAUUUGCUAUCUUACAUAGCCACAUGCAGUACGAAGCAGUGACGUACCGCCUCGGCAAAUGCUCAGGGGGUAACGGACGGCCUUGGCCAAUGCUUUAACAUCAUGAUAGUGAAGAACAUCGCUCAACCCUAAGGACCAAAGAACAACCGGCAAGACUUUCAGGAUCCGAUAUAUCAAUGAGGUAUGCCAACUUAUGCGCUACUCUGGGCCGAUAAUUAUCGCGCAUACUACCCGAGCGCCGGUGGUAGUACCCUGGAAUUACAGUGGCGAGAGUGAAUAAUUCUCCGCGUCAUCCAUACCAGGCUGAGUAACGGGAGGAUGGAGGAGCUCAAUGGAGGAGCUUAUAGUCCACAGCAUCAUGCCCGUCGCCAACGUGCAUGUGGAGAUGAAACGGUCACUAAUAUACCCCUGUGGCUAUCGAAUACACUAAUGUGGACAUAAGCUUGCUACGGAGCUUAUCAUUAGCCCCGAACUAUGAAGUCCCGCCGACGGCGGAACGGGCAAUGCCAUUUUGCGGAGGUGCGAGUACGAGGCGCUAUCAUUUCGCGGGUGCGAGUACGAGGCUAGACUUGACGCAUUCGCGAUUUAGUCAAUAUAUAUUUGUAUAUUCGCGGCUCAUACCGAUUUUGGGUCGAAGAGCGGGACAUGCUUACUCUAAUAUUCUCUCUGAGGCCGUCGGUGACGAAUUGCUUCCUUGGCGGGAUAAUUUUGCAUGAAGCUGGAGCGAUAUAAAGGGCGGAUGAUUCUCACAAAAUAUCGAAUGGGACACCUCCUUCAUCAUACAAUAGUGCACUGAUACAUUUCAUAUCAACGGAUAUAUUUUUCAGCAUGCGUAGUACAUAUCUUCUUGCCAUGGGCGGAAUGGCCAUGGGCGGAGCUGCCCUGACCACCACUACUUCGAAGUUACCAAGCACAGCGCCCAUUGCCUGUAAAUACUUCAAGGCAAACUAUCCAAACAUGACUCUGCUCCCAAGUGAUGCCGGAUAUACCGCUGAAAACGAAGUAUCAUGGAACGCAGGAGCUUGGUUAGGUCCCGCCUGUAUCCUGUCACCAGCCAGCGCCGAACAAAUGUCAACUGCAGUUAAAAACCUAGUCAGGUUUGCUACCCCCUUCGCUAUGCGUGGUGGUGGGCAUAUGUCCGUUCCAGAAGCCGCGAAUAUAAAUUCCACUGGAGUUCUCAUCUCGAGCACCAACCUCAAAACCUUGGAGCUUUCCGGGGACCAGAGCACUCUCUCUGUUGGUCCAGGCCCAAGAUGGGGAGACGUCUAUAUCUAUCUCGAUGAGACAAAGUCUGGAAAGAUGGUUGUUGGAGGGAGAUAUGCACCUGUUGGCAUCCCAGGCCUGCUCCUUGGAGGUGGCAUGGCAUUCUUCAGCGGAGAAUACGGGUUUGCAUCAACCAAUGGCAACGUGCGUGCCUAUGAAUGUGUCCUCGCAAGUGGGAAGAUCGUCGAAGCAACGGCCUCAAACCAGUAUUCUGACCUUUUCUGGGCGCUACAAGGAGGCGGAAACUCCUUCUGCAUUGUGACCAAAUUUGUCCUUCGAACCUUUGACAGUCCCGCCAUCGGCCUUGCCAACCCCUCAUACGGUUCCGGCAGUAAAGUUAAGGAUCUGUGGCUUGAUAGCAUUCUUAAUUAUGUCAUCGAUGGAUCUUCCGACCCAAAGGCCGCCAUCAUUCCCGUAGCACGAUAUGGCACAGGUUUUGAAGGCAUCCGAUACGAUGCAACUCUGUUUUACAACGGAGUGGCCACCAACACUCCGGCUAUUUUGAGCGAUUUCCAAGGCGGCCUUCUCCCGUCCUCCAACAUGACAUCGUUGACAACUUUGACUAUGGGAGCUUUCGCCAAGGCUGUCUUGCCCGCUUUCCAGGAAGGAGGGGAGUCCCACGGCCUGAACCAGCGAUUCCACGUCGUAUCUACUGUCGCCACGCGAGAAGCGAUGGACAUUGUACACGACACAUUUUUCGACGCUGUUAAAGCUGCGGGUCUUGCUGACUCUGCUGACUUCUUUGUUGGCCUCGCAUGGAACUCUAUCACGACUUCAUUCCUUGAGGCCUCAAACUCGGGAACAGGUUGCCCACAAGGUGUUGCAGAGGAGCCUCUCUUCUGGGUUGAGGAAGCUUUCACAUGGGGCGAUAGUGCUGAUGAUGAGAAAAUUGAUAAUUUCAUCAAGACUGUCAACGCGAACAUUACGACUCAACUGGAGGCUAUCGGUGCCACGUCCCCUUACAUCUACCUCAAUGAUGCGGAUGCGGAUCAACCUGUCUUCCAGGGGUACCCAGCUGAGAAUUUGAAGAGGCUUCAGCGGAUUAGGGCGAAGUAUGAUCCGCUUAAGAUUUAUACCAAUCUGAUGCCAGGUGGAUUUAAGGUCGCUCAUGCGUAGUUGAAUAUGGUACAUAGAGGGUUUUAGAAUUCUGAAGUAGAGUUAAUAGUGUAGCAUAAAUCAAUGAAUUGACAAA